AUGAUCUUUGCUGGUCUGAUCACUUGGAGAGGAGAAGCAGAGCCAUAUCAAGCGGCUCCAGAACAAACAGAUGAGUCUCCAACAGAGCAGUUGAUACCUCCUUUGUUACUGCCUGGACGCACUACUCACUCACGAAUGUUUCCUCAGAAGCAUUCGUUUGCGUACUCUUACUUUUCUGUCGGAGUGCCUGUCAACUUCAAGGGAUGUGCUGGCUCCAUGCUUUCCAGCAAUCUGGAUUUGUUGCCACCGAGUAGGAGACGAAGAGGAUGGUUUGAUGUCAAUGCUUCGGACUAUCUGUAUCGAGGUGGAGAAGAGCGCGGACUUGAAGCACGGCUGAGAUGCUAUCUUCGCGGGGAGGGUAUCCAGGAUGAAGCCUGGUCUUUCGCCUAUCUUGUGACAGCACCAAAGUUCUUGGGUUACUCGUUCAACCCGGUAUCUUUCUGGUACAUCUACGACAGUUCAAAGCAUCUCGUUAUGAUGGUCUUGGAAGUCAACAACACUUUCGGAGAACGUCGACUAUAUCUUCUGAAAGCUGAGGAGAAGGCCACUGAUGACUCGGUGCCAGAUGGCUUCGAAGCUCCUGCCAAAGCUACAAAGUUUACCAAUUCCUGGGCCAAAGAUUUUCAUGUCUCGCCGUUCAAUUCACGCAAAGGCACAUACUCGCUCACAGCUGCUGAUCCAGUCGCUGCUCUAGAGUCUGGCUCUAAAGUCUUGGAUAACCUUGUCGUGCUCAAUUCAUCUCAAGCUCACGCUAAACUUGUUGCUCGUGUAUACUCAGACGGCAAUCACAUGAACGCAACAACCAUGAGCUCCUCUCAAACCAUCAAAACGCUAGCAUCCUGGUUCUGGGUAGGCUUCCUCACCUUUCCCAGAAUCCUUACCCAGGCAUACAAACUAUACUUCAAGCGCAAACUCCACGUCUGGUUCCGACCUGAAGUCCUGGCUUCGAGUAUUGGUCGCACACAUACAUCCUCCGAAGCAGUUCUGGAAGCUUUCUUUCUUUCCUACCUCAGCUUUCUUGUUGAUUCUGCGUCUGAGCCUCUGCAAUUCAAGUACACGCCAGCAGGUGGUUUAGGGACCUGCAUUACCUUGACCUCCAAGAACAUUGCAGAGAACCAGGUCCCUAAGCAGUUGGGAUUAAAAGUACUUACUCCAGUUUUCUACACGAAAUUUGUGCAUUACGCCUACACCUCCAAAGCCUUCAUUCUUGAAAGCAUAAACUCUAAACCCGACAACCGCACUUGCGUUUUCGAGAAUGCUGAAAACCUGCAUCUUAUUCUGUCGACGAUGGAUUCUACUACUCCUCGCCCUGCCAUAAGUGAUCUCAGGACUGUUGAUCAGUAUCGUUGGCGUUUGCUCCAGAGACUCCGUUCUGCACCUCCACCUGGUGCAAACCCCGACUCUGAUGCUGUAAAAAGCGAUGAAGCAAAUGAGACCCUGCCGUUUUCAAAUCUGGAUUGCUUUAUUCAAUCUCGGUUUGCCAAUGAUGACAAGUAUUCUGUUGUCGCGGCUGAGCGACUGACUAAGAACGCGCCCACUGCGUGGGCGGCUUCUCAGCUUGAGCAUAUUUACAGAGAUACUGUGACGAGAGUCUUCAUUGCAGACAAUUAUCUCUUUGGUUUUGAGGGUUUGAUUGGCGUACUAGAUCUUGCAGUCAGGGUGUCGUUAGUAACUAUGUGGUUCAAGAUUUUUGCUAGCGAAGAAGUUGCGCAUGGAGGUCUUGGAUGGUAUCUUUGCAGGUGGGUUGCGGUCAACAGCUUGCACUUGUGGGAUGCUGUAAAGAAUAUCUAG